GACAGUUAAGGAAAAGUAAUAACUAUGUCGAGGGUGGAACAAUUGGGAUUGAGUGAAAUUUGUCUUUCGCUUCAAAGCGAUGAGAAGAAGAAGCGAUUGAAGGCACUGGAAAAAUUUGAAAAUAUAGUCUCAAGCAGGGAUUGGUCAAAAAGUGAAUUAUUAGAGAUAUGGCAAAUAAUGAGUAAACACUUGGCAAAAUCACUAACAGAUAACGCAGAAUCUUGCAGAAACUUGUCUAUUGAAAUAACAAAGAUAUUACUAUCAUCUCUCCCUGGGUUGGGAAAAAAUAUAAUAUAUUUAAUGCCGGUGUUAGUGCGACGCCUAGGAUCCCAGGAGAUGAUCGAAACUUCGGAGGAAGUCAGACUGAAUUGUGUUGUCCUACUUCGAGUGAUAAUUAAAAAAUACGAAGAGCAUUUACCGGUUUAUAUCGAUGAUAUUAUGGUAAUACUCGCUAAAACAGUAAUUGAUAAUUAUCCGAAGAUAAAGAGUGAGAGCUGUGAAGCUAUUUCUGAACUGGCAAGGAGCAUUCCAACUCACUUUUAUGCUAAGAAUGAAAUGAUUGUCCAACCGGUACUGAGUAAUUUCAAGCAUCAACAUUACAGAAUUCGCGUGGCAAGUGUCAAAGCUAUUGGCAAUGUUUUACGGUAUGGAAAUAAUAAAUCUUUGCCAGAUGUCGCCUCUUGCCUGGCCGCCAGAUUAUUCGAUCAAAGUGGAGUUGUUAGAGCAGCUGUUAUCGAAGUGGCUGGUGAUUGGUUAUUGAACCUUCGAGAUCGAUACAGCUGGUGGUUCAAGCUGUUACCUCUUCUAUUAACUGGACUUCACGAUGAAAUAGCAGAUAUUCGACUGAAAGCCCAGACUUUAUGGUGUGCCACGGGUAAACAAUUCCUCCAGGAAAACGAAUCUGACGAGAAAAUAAAAGAUAAAAUGGAUUAUUUGACUUCCCCUCCUGAGCAUUAUCCACCAGGCAUCGAAAGACCCAAUUUGGGAUGUCGAAUAAUCGUCCAACAGAACCUGAGUAAAUUAAUUACUGGGAUAUGUAAUGAGUUGGAUGAUUGGCUGGCGGACAUACGUGUGAGAUCAGCUCAGUUAUUAGCUGUACUAGUUUUAAAUGCAGAGCAAGAUACAAUUCAACAUAUAGAGAAGCUUUUACCAGCGAUGUACAAAGCUUGCGCUGAUGAGGAUAACAGAGUAGCUGUCAAUGUCAUUACAGCAGCUGAAUAUAUGGGAUAUUUCGUUCCACCCCAAAGUUAUUGUCGUCUUGUCCUUCCGACUAUACAAGAGGGCAAUAUUCAUUUUGGACAUUUGGCAUUUUUCUCCGCUAUUCUCCGAAAUAGUCCACGUCAACCACUCGUCGAGCAACUGGAAAUUAUUGCCCGUUUCUUACAUCAAUCGUAUAUUUGUCGAAGUAAAAAGGCGAAAUAUCAACGGGAAUUAUUGAAUUGUUGUCAUGCAUUACUUCAAGUUUGUCAAGAGGAUUGUGUUAUUGUGUCUCGGCAACUGUUUAUCGCGAUAUUCACCGCUUGGUCAUUAUCGCACGAGCAAGUGACGCAAAAUUUUGCUAAAAAAUUAUUGGAAAAGCUGAGGGAGAAGAGCGGAUUUGAAACUCUACAGGAUUUAUACAUCUCGCAUCUCCCUACAUUGCUGGAUGAUUUGGAGAAGACUGCGAAUACUUGGACGGCUCAUAGUGCAGAGGUGAAAAUAUUUCAACUCUGUUUAACAGAAGCUUAUGCUGCAGCUCUCGAAAAUUUCAACGUUCUUCUAUUAAUCCUGAGAAAAACCAUGGAAAAAGACUGCGACGUCGAGCUUAAAUUGAAAUUGUUUAUUCAUCUGUCGGAAUUAUUCCAGCAUCGAUGUGAAUUUUCCACGGGGCAUGAAGACUACAAUAAAUUUAUUGUAGAAUUCCUGAAAGAUAUAUUAAUCCCGUAUUUAGUGUGGACUGCGGGGAGAUCAGCUGAAGCGCUUAGAACAGCAGCUAUUGGAUGUCUAUGUGCAAUUUUUGAUAAUCAAGUCGAUGAAAUUGAUUUUAAACAGGAGGUGGACUCAACGUUUUGUGAUAAACAAUUGUUUUUGCCAAUUUUCCAAGAGAUAAAACCAGUACUUAUAUCUCUGGUCGAUGAUAAUUCACGGAAAACACGAUUGUUCGCUCUUCGUGCUAUAUAUUUGAUGAUAAAUCAUGCAUCGAAGGUACGGGGUUUGACUGAAGAGGAUAUCAUUGAGAUUUACCCUGGAAUCAUUCGAAAAUUGGAUGAUAGUUGUGAUGAUAUCAGAUUUGCAGCUGUGGAAACAUUAGUUUUCGUGUGGAAGGCGUCAUACAAGCAUCAGUUCAAUCUCGGUAGCAGUCAUAUAGAUUAUCUUUAUACAUCCAUCAUCAUCCACUUGGACGAUCCAGAAGAGCAUUUCCACACUCUCGUAUUUGAUGCAAUGAUGGAACUGGCGGAAAUAGAACCUGUUAUGCUUGCGGAUAAAAUAGAAAGGUGUAAAAUUAAUUUUCGCAAUCAAAAAGCAUUGGAAAAACUCCAGGACAAAUGCCGGAAUUUAAUUAAUUAAACAACGAAUGAAUGACAGUCACUGUACAAUUGAAAAUAAAAAUGUAAAAACCAGAGUACUAGUUAGUGAUGAAAUUGUACAAAUUAUAUAAUUCGAGGAAUU